UCAAAACCGCCGGGAGCGGAGCCGAGCCAUGGGCGAGCGGCGGGACGAGGCGGCCGCCGGCGGGACGGGUUUGCAUCCGGAGUCAGAAGAGUCGAGUUCCCUUUUGCAGAAAGCGGUUUCGGUGCUGCAGAGCUCCUACCUGGACUAUACAUCUCGGGACAGUUUUCAAUACAGCCAAGCAAUUCUGGUGGAAAACGAUGUUUUUCUAAACGAGCUCAAAGCUUUUGCCCAGGCCAAGGAAGCUGCCGGCUACCGCCGGGAGGAGCUGGAGGAGACCUUUGCAUUUCUCCUGUUUGACAACGAAGAAGAGGCAAAAGAGGUUUGUGAGACAGGCCUCCGCAUAAACACCAGUUCUAUUUCCGUGCUUGGUGACCCAGCAAAAGGCGUUUACAUUUCCAAGUAUGCAGACUAUCUUCAUCCGAGACCCUGGUAUCAUGGAAAAUCAGGCUAUAUUGUCAUUUUUAAGCUAAUUAAGGGAAAGGUCAAAGCAGUAUGUGAGAAUUACACUACCAGCUAUACCUGCCCAUCUCCAGGCUACGACUGUCACGUCGCCGUGAGCAGAAACAACAUAUCCUCAAAGACCAGCCACUUCCAGGCCUUUGAGCUGAGCCAGUAUUAUGUGUAUGAAGUGUCCGACAGCAGCAUUGCAGAGCGCCCCAGGCAGAUCUGCCCGUACAUAGUCGUCGCCUGUCAGUACAGGGAGCCGAAGGGGAUGCCUGUCUUAGCUAGAGAGAGCCUACCUGAACUUAAUCACAAAGCAUCUUACUGCCCGUGGAGGGGACAGCUCUUCAUCCGAGGCCAGCUCUUGUGCAGCAUCGCCCUGCGGACCCCGUACAGCUCUACGAUUCCAGCCCAGCUGCCUCCCAACCUGGACAUUAACCAUGUCAUGGGUUUAUCCGACUUGAAGAAAAAGCUACCAGAAGCUGCAUUUGGGAAAAGCAAUUAUGUUGAGAAUGAAGUGUGUUUUCAAGGCAUUUACUUCAGUCUAUAUGAAGUGGAAAUCUCAAACAAGGAUCAACAUAAAAUGGAUGAAUUAUUACAAAACCUAAAGGAAAAAGACUUGGCAAUCAUCAAAUAUUUACAAGAUCAAGGAGCUCUUAUCCUCCUCACAUCCGCUGCCUUAACACGAGACGAUGCAUUCAACCCCGAGGAGCCUGUCAGCCUCCUGGCCCUGUUCCUGUUCACCUCGUCCCGGUCGGUGUGCCUGAGAGUUGACAAGCAAGAUCCAAAAGCUGAAAGGAAGGAUAGUGACAUCUCUUUAAAAAUAGCCUCAAUUUUGCCUGGACUUCAGUAUGCCAUACAGAAAGCCACCAAUUCUUCAUGUGAAGACACAGUCAGUACCAGUGUACUUAUCAAACGGCACUUCCAGGAGUUUGCAAAGUGUGGUCAAAAUGCACAGCCCGUCUCUGACCAGAACAGCCGAGUUCCCGUUUCUUCUCUCCUGUCACCAGCCGAGGAUGAAUGUACUAAUCCCUUUAGAAAAUGCUCAGAGGAGUCUGUCUCGCAGCUGCAGCGUUAUCUCUCCGAUCCCAGCAGCUAUACCCUGGAAAUGUCGGCUGCCUUAGGAUGUUUGGCCGGUGCCGUUCAGUCCCUUUGCGGCAACUCGGAGGCUGUUUGUGAUGUGGACUUCUCUCUAGUUGCGCCACCAGAUCCUAUUCCUCCCAACACGGCAGCAGAAAUAAAGGUGAAAAGUGAAACGUCAAAGCGCGCCGCAGGACUGAACCGGGGCGGCAAAGGCACCGCGGCAGACGGCAGCCCGGCCGGCACGCUGCGGGUGCAGCAGAGCAAGAGGAAAUCCAGCCGAGCCAUCGUGACCAGCACCAGGAAGAAAUGGUCCCCCCUCAAGAUGCAAAUGCAUCCUGUGGGGGACAGCGGCAGAAACAGGAAAGCAACCAAGAAGAAAAAAAUCAACAUCGCCUUCUCUUUCCCUAAAAAGCCGGGGCUCACGGCCAGUUCUGACGAGCCCAUGCUCAAACUGGCCAAUUUGCAAUUUCCGCACAGAAGGAAAAGAGGUGCAGAGGUCCUGUCUGCAGAAUUUGUGCACAAAACACAGUCUGAGCCUGGCCAGAAAGGAACCGCAGCUCCCAGCGAUCCUGGCUUGGAAACAAAGAGACCAAAGAUGCUGAAGAAACCAGAUGCGAAGAAGGUUCCUAGUGCUCAGACAGCCACAAAGGCAGCGAAAAGCGGGGUGGUAACAAGUGUGGCCAACAGCCUGUCGAAGCCUCAAGCCAAAAAGCAAGCAGAAAGCGCGCGGAAGGAGCCGUUCGCCGUCCUCCCAAGCGAAGCCCUUUGCAAAAGCCAAGGAGCAGCAAGCGAAACAGGUGAGCUUUACCCCGGCGGCGGCGCUGCUGAGGAUAUCGAUCUGCAAGGAAACAGCUACGAGCCCCAUGCCUUGAACCUGCUGGCUGAUCUGGCCCUGGGUUCCUGUAUUCCUCCGCUCAUCCCCACGGAUAGCGGUGCGGCCGCCCUGUCCUGCAGCCCGUCGAAGGAGCAGCGGAGCCAUCGCAAGCUCAAGCCCUCGCGCAUCGCUUGCGACCACGAAUACCACCGGGUGGACAAGCUUGCCAAGGGCGGGAGCUCUCCUAGCAAGGUGUCACCUAACCAUAAGCUUCCUUCUGCUGGAAAAACGGAAUUAAAAAAAGACUCGGCCCCAACUCCCAGGGAGAAAAGCCCGGGGAUUUCCAGCAAGAAGAACAGCCUGAGCCCUAACUCUGCAAAAACCCAUGCGUUGCCUCCGAAAGAGGCUCCAGAGCCCGCCGAGGUGAACAAGCACUCCUUCAUCUCCUCCGAGCACUCGUACGCCUCGCAGAUGCCUGAGCACCCGAGGAAACAGAUGCAUCCCAGAGGAAUCCCGUACCCUGGGCCGGCACCUGCCAGGAAUGGGGCCAGGAACGUCCACGCAGGCCCACUGGUGGGGAAAGUCCUGCCGUUCCGCCACCAGCAAAGCAGCACCCACCACCCUGAGCGGCCCUUGGAGGCCGUGGCGGUGAGGCACCGCAGCGGUGCGCUCUGCCCCCGGCUGAAGGAGGACUUCGCCAAGUCGCACACGGUGAACAACUGCGGCGGGUCCGUGAGGGUGACGUGCCAGUGGGAGGCCGAGUACCUCUUCAAUCUGGACAGCAGGUACACCAACGACGCCCUGGAGAAGACCGUCAUCCGCGCCCUGCACGGUCCCUGGGACUCCGAUUUGCCCGACGACGUGGAAGAAAUGAAGCUGAUACUUCAUAUGUGGGUGGCUCUGUUCUACAGCAAACCCAGCAAACUCCUGAGCAGCACAAGGAAAGUGGUGGAGCACAGCAACCCCGAGAAGUACGUCUCGAUAAACAGCACUGGGGACUUUUUUGAGUUGAGUGAUGACAGCGAGGACUGUUUUGGGCUGGAGACGUGCCCUGCAGACUCACAGUCAGACCCUGACCCAACUCCCAGCAGCUUUCCGGAGCCCAGCGCACAUUACCAAGGACCUUUCUGCCCAGAAAAGCGACCUGCAGACUCUCAGACGGACGCAGAUAGCACUCAUGGCGUUGUUGACAGUACAGUAUCUUCUUCUUUAGGGGAGCUGCCCUACGAGGAGGAGCCGUCCUCCACGAGCUGUCCCGAAAGCCGUGCGCUCACAGAGCGUGCUGAUGAGAGCAGCCUGGCUGUGGAAGACGCGUGGCCAGCGGUCGCUCCCGAGGAGCACGUGCACAGCGUCCCAGCCGUCCGGGCGGAGGAGCCGCCCGGAGAGGGACUGCUGGACGCUACGAUCGCCCCCGGCCCUGCAGACGAGCUGGGUGACGCCGGCAGCCCCCCAGCUGCGCCGGUCAGGGAAAACCCGCACGCUCGAGCCCUUAGUUUCAGCGGAGACCCCCGGAGCAGCGCGGCGUCUGCGCGGCGCGGACGCGGAGAGCAGCUGGAGAGCGGGUGCCCCGGCCCUCCCGGGGAAGGGGGCGGCGCGGGAGGCGUCGGGCGCUGCACGCGGGCCGGGGGAGGCAGCCGGGCUGCCAGCGGCAGGGCGCCACGUGCCUGCGGUUCGGCGCCUUUAGAAGCGAGUCCCAGGAGCGCAAAGCCGGACCGACCUGGCGGAGGAGGGGGGGAGUCGCAGGACUCCUCGGGACACCUGGAAAGAGAGGAGGAAGAGAUGGAGAAGGUGAAAAAAGAGGAGGAAGAUUCUGAAUAUGAAAACACGGUCCUGGGGCCUAUGGAUUUUGCGUUUUCUGGAGGCAGCCUUGCAGAAACGGAGCGUGAAGAGAGGGAGCUGACGCCGGUGAAUUCAGCACCUCCCGCGGAUGCUGCCGUUCCCGGAGGGGACCCCGUGCCCGGCCCCGCUGCCUUAGCGUCCCCCUGCCAGCGCGGGUCGAUGCCAACGCUGUCGGCUGCAGCCGGUCCUGGUGAAACAGCCCCGAGCCCGCGCGCGUCGCCGGAGUCCCAGGAGGCUCCGGGCACCCCAGGUGCGGAGACGAACGGUGUCGAUUCGAUGCGCGAAGCCAGUCGAUCUGACGCGGGGUCGCCCUGCGACGGCGGGUUGACGCCGAGUUUGUCGCCCGAUCCAAGCCUUACCCGUGGGGCUGCGGCUGCAGGCAGCUCGGAAGAGGUGCGUGGGGCCGGUUCGGAGCCGAGCGACGCGGGUCGUGCGCCCUCUGCAGAAACGCAGGCGCCCGCUGAGAGCCGAGCUGCCGGCACAGCUCGCCUCGACGCCCCGGGCAGCCGGGGACGGCGCGGCGGGGGUUUUAGUGCUGAUCUCGCUUCGCCGAGCACCGCUGGAUCAAACGGAGGCGGGAGCAGCUUGCCAGCGGCUCGACAGCGCGGCGGCUCUUCCGCCGGCCGGGCAGACGUGCAGGGCAGAGCCCCAGCAGCAGGCGACGGCCGCGGCUUCGCCUCCACCUUGGGAGGCGCCGCGAGGUCCCCCGGGGGCGACGAAACGAACCCGGCGGCGAGAGGGGCCGCGUCUGCCGUGGGAGAGCCCCGGGACGAGGCGCCAGCCCGCCGGCGGGAGAGGAGCUUCGCAAGCGGGUGGUGCCCUCCUGCCCGCGCCGGCUCGGCUCCUGCUGCCCCCGCGCAGGAGCCGGUGCGCCGCGGCGGGGACGCAGAGCCCCGCGGGCGCGUGUCGGCGCCAAGCGAGCCGAGGCCGGUCCUUGGCCCGCCCGGGAAGCCCCGCGAUCGAGCGGACGCUGCGGGCGCGAGCGCGGCGGCCGCAGGCUUGGCAGCCCCCGCCGCCAGCUCCCUCCAGCCCGGACAAGCGGAAAAAGGCGCGGAGCCGUGCGCCGGGGAGCCGCCAGGGAGCUCUCCCGGCUCAGCACUGCCGCCUCCUCCUCAGCACGGCCGCAAGGCAGCUCCGCGCAGCCCCGAGCCGGGCUCGGUCCCCAGAGCGCCGAGGGAGACGCGCUGCCCCGCGGCAGGUCCGGCCCCAGCCCCGGAUGGCGCUCCAAGGUCUUGCUACGUGGCCCAGCUGCAACCCAGCGCCCGUGCGGGGUGCGAGAGCCCUGGGGGCCCCGCGGACGCGGCGGGGAGCUGCGAGGAGGGCCCUGACCUGCGCGAGGAGGUGGGCGGAGGAGGCAGCCUCUCUCCUCGCAGCCCGGCGGCGUCCGUGCCGCUGGGGGAGCUCGGCGCCGCCCAGCACCACGGCGAGUUUGGGCCGGAGGAGUCCGGCGCGUUUGCUGCUCCGUGCCGUGCCGUCUCGGAGCAGGGAGAGGGAGAAAUGCCCCUUCCAGCAUCGCUGCUGUGCGCACGCCGGGAGCCCGGGCAGAGCCCGGAGCUCAGCAACGCCGGAGACGUUUCAGAUGUGCCACCGAGGGCAAAGCAGGUCCCCAGCGGAGAGGGACGUGGGGGGUUGACCCGCGAGAACCUGCUGUACGGGUCUUCCGGCAGCAACGCGGACCAGGAGCGUUUUGGAGGGACCGUCCGCCCCCCGCUUAAAUCCAGGGGUUCCUCCAGCACGAAAUCCACGGACGCCGCCGGCACCGGGACCGACUGCGACUCCUCCUCGGUGAGCUCGGAGCAGACGGACGGGCGCAGCGAGGGCUGGAGCUCCCCGGGAGCGGAGGAGGGCUGGUGGCCGGCUGAGCCCGGCGCGCCGCACGGCGGCCGGCCCCGCGGGCUGGGGGACGGCGGGCGGCCCGUGCCGCCGUACGUCAGCAUUACGGACAGCCGGGGGACGCCCAGGGAUUACCUGAACUUCAGCGUCACCAGAAAAUGCCGGGACGAGGCGGGGAGGUCGCAGCGGAGAUGCAGCCGUGACGCGGGGCCGCCGCGUUUGCCCGGGUCACCGGUGGGGACGUGGAGGGGUUUCGAGGAGCUCACCCAGGACACGCUGGACUUGGAGUGCCUCCGUUUCCAUUAUAAGCUAAAACAGAUCCUGAGGAGCAGGGAAUCGCCCCCUCCUCCCUCCGAGAGCGCCUGCGCGGCGGCCGCCCCUCCGCAGGCCGCGGCCGAGCCGCGGCCACCCGCCGGCGCCGCGCUCGCCCCGCGCACCAGGAGCCCUUUGCAGGUGACGCUGCUGCCGCCCUCGGCCGCGAGGCCGGGCGGCCCCGGGCGGCGCGGCGCGGCGCGGCGCGACGGCCUCGGCGGCGCGAGCCGCCCCCGCUCCGCCCCCGUCCACCUCCGCAAGCUCAGAUACGACGAGGAGCUGAAGGACUCGCGGGGCGACAUCGCCGUCAUCCUCGACGAGUACGCCGGCUUCGAGCGGGUGAUGCUGAGCCGGCUCGGGGCGGGCGCGGGGCCCGGCGCGGCGCCCGGGGAGCCCGCCGGCGAGCCCCGGCGGCGCCCGGCCGCCUUCGAGGAGCUGAUCGCCGACCUGUGCGGCACGCUGAGCUUCCGGCUGCGCCGCGUGGCCGAGGAGGCCUGCGCCCGCGCCGGCUCCUUCUACCUGGUGGAGACGGGCGAGGACCUUUUCUUCGCGAGGGCCAAGACCUUGCUGAAGAAAGGCGGCCACGUGGAGGUCGACCCUCUGCACUUCUGCAAAGCGAAGCGCCUGGGCUCCGACCGGCUGCUCGUCGUGAUCAGGAACGAGGACAUAUCUUCGCACAUCCACAAGGUGCCCUGCUUGCUGAGGCUAAAGCACUGCCCGACCGUGGUGUUCGCCGGCGUGGACAGCCCCGAAGACUUAACGGAUCACACGUACCAGGAGCUGUUUCGUACCGGCGGCUUCGUGGUCUCGGACGACAAGGUGUUGGAGACGGUAACGCUGGGGCAACUGAAAGAGGUGGUGAAAGCGCUGGAGAAGCUGAAUGGCAACGGGAGGUGGAAGUGGCUCCUUCACUACAAGGAGAGCAAAAAGCUCAGAGAAGACUUAAGGGUGGACGCCAACGCCCGCAAGAAGAACUCGAUCCUGCAGUCGUGCCAAGGCGCUGAGCUCAUCGAGGUGCUGCACUACCACUCGUGCGACUCGCGGGCCGCCCCGAAAGCCGAGUACGUCAAGUGCUUGCUGAACCUGCAGGCGCAGCGCAUCAGCGCCCGGUUCGCCGUGUAUCUCACGGAAAAGCCCGGUCUCAGCAGGGAGGUCUUUGAAAGCCAAGGCAUCCUCGUGGCCGACGUCGACACCUUCCUGGGGACCGUGCAGAAAGCGGCCGCCCCGUUCAGGAGAAGCUAUUGGUAAGGGAAGAGCCGGGGAUCGACGCGCCCUCGUCCCCGGAAAGCCGGAGAGGAAACUGCGAGGAGGCCACGGGGCAGGGAGCCGGGAGCCCUUCCAGGUGCCGCGGAAGCCUCCGGCGCCGCCCGGCCGGAGAGCUGCCGGCAGCCCCGCGAAAUCCAGGGGGAUCCCGCACCCGUGCUGGUGCUCAGCGCCGGCUCCGGAGGCCGCAGCAGAGGGGGCAGAGCUGCGGGGGCCGGCGCCGCUCGCCCUGGCGUGGCGGGCGGGGGGGGGGGAAGCGGAGGCGCUUUGCUCCAGGCGAGGACACGUCACCCCGCGCGGCUGCUCCUGCUCCCCGUGGGCUGGUUGCUGCUGCUGCUGCGCACUGAACUGUUGCAGACAAAUUGUAAAGGGGGAAAGGAAAAGAUUCUGUAGAUAGAAAUUAUUUAAAGAUGGCUAAUGGGAGUCCUCACGAGGGUCUGCAUGCUGCCGUGAGACUGUGUGUAGGACACGUUAUUUUAAUGUUAUACAGAAUUUUAAGUUAUUUGAGCAUUUUCUUUUAGCUGAUUAGUGCAGCUAACAGAAGAAAUAGGAAAAUGAAACCACCGCAAAACAAUACUUGAAGGUUACUCCGUUAUAAUCGAUGCAAUUUCCACACGGCCGAGACCGUACGUACUGAACGCCCGCUGCGCGCGCUUCGGCUCGGGCCAGGGCGCGCGCCUGAAACGCCCCUCGAGGGCUGGCGGGCUGCGCGUCAGCCUGCAGCACGUCGCUCGACACUACGUCUCGCGGUGUCUGCGUCUCCUGUUCCGCCUCACCGCCGGGACGCAACACCUUGCCGCUGUACAGAAGUCUUGUAAAUAGCAAAACAAAAGCUUUUAUUUAUGGUAGCCUCAGACAAGCGAGCCCUGGGAGGAAAGCUCAGCACUAAGGAACGCUGUAAAACAUCCUCCAAAGAGCUGUACAGGGUAUGGUUUGUACUUUUUUUUUUUUUUUUUUUUUAAUAAAAUGAUAUAAGAAGUUAUGUACAGGAUGACGUUGUAUAUAUAGAGCUUGACUAAUAA